UGAAUUUAUUUUCCCGUUCCAAGCCCUUAAACCCUUUCGCCCUCCGCCCCCUCAGAAAAACCCCUCUUCUAUUUUCCUCUUCAGAUUUUCAAACCCUAAUCAAACUCCUCAAAAAAGCUUCAAUAUUGUUCUCUAUUUCAACUAGCUAGACCAGCCUCUUCCUUUACCGCCGACAUCUACUCCGCCGCCGCCGGAACGAUUCAAUGGCUGGUCCUAAGGGCAAGAAAAAGAACGCCAGGACCUCAAAUGCUCCUCCUAUGAAGAAGCAGAAAAGGGUAUUUACCGUUCAAAAAGAAGCGGAGAAAGAGGAAUUGCUUAGUGAUUUGGAUGUCUCAGAUGAGCCUGAAAACCUAGAAGAAUCUGAUCUGGAAGAACAGGAAAUGGACUCUGAUUCAGACAUGUCGUCAGGGGGUGAUGAUCCGUUAAGCAAGGACAUCCUCGCAGGAAGUGAUGAUGAAGAGGAGGUUACCGAUGAAGGUUCAGAUUCUGAUUCCGAUUCUGAUGAUGAUGAUAUUGAGGGUAAAUCAAGAGCUAUUGACGAGAAAAACGCACAAGAUAUCCUAGAAGCGGAAGCUGAAUUACAGCUUAACAUCAAAGAAGAAUCUGAUGAGUUCAGAUUACCAACUGCAGAGGAGCUCGAGGAGGAAGCACUUAGACCCCCGGAUCUUUCCAGUAUUGAGAGAAGGAUAAAAGAAAUUGUGCGAGUGCUAUCAAACUUUAAGUCUUUGAGGCAAGAGGGCGUAACACGCAAGGAUUAUGUUGAUCAACUUAAAAUUGAUUUAAGUUCUUACUAUGGAUACAAUGAGUUUCUGAUUGAAGCUUUGGUUGAGAUGUUUCCAGUAGUUGAACUUAUGGAACUUAUUGAAGCUUUUGAAAAGCCCAGACCUAUAUGUCUUCGCACAAAUACUUUGAAGACUCGUCGGAGGGAUUUGGCUGGUGUGCUUCUAAACAGAGGAGUCAACCUCGAUCCGCUAGGCAAAUGGUCCAAAGUUGGUUUGAUAGUGUAUGAUUCACAAGUUCCAAUAGGGGCUACUCCAGAAUAUAUGGCUGGCCAUUAUAUGCUUCAAAGUGCAAGCUCCUUCUUGCCUGUAAUGGCCCUGGCUCCUCAUGAAAAGGAAAGAAUUGUUGACAUGGCGGCUGCUCCUGGAGGUAAAACUACCUAUAUUGCUGCUCUUAUGAAAAAUACUGGUAUCCUUUAUGCAAAUGAGAUGAAGGAGUCAAGACUCAAUUCGCUCACUGCGAAUUUACAUCGGAUGGGCGUAACAAACACCAUAGUUUCUAACUACGAUGGGAGGGAGCUGCCGAAAGUUUUUGGGAGCAACUCAGUUGAUAGGGUUUUGUUGGAUGCGCCUUGCAGUGGCACAGGGGUUAUAUCUAAGGACGAGUCUGUGAAAACCUCAAAAAGCGAGAUAGAUAUACAAAAUUGUGCCCAUCUGCAAAAGCAAUUAAUACUUGCAGCAAUAGAUAUGGUGGAUGCCAACUCAAAAUCGGGAGGCUACAUUGUUUACUCUACAUGUUCCAUAAUGGUUGCAGAGAAUGAAGCUAUCAUUGAUUAUGCACUCAGGAAGAGGGAUGUGAAACUUGUGCCAUGUGGCAUUGAUUUUGGGAAUCCAGGAUUCAUCCGGUUUAGAGGGAACCGUUUUCACACUACCUUAAAUAAGACAAGGCGCUUUUAUCCCCAUGUGAACAACAUGGAUGGUUUCUUUGUAGCUAAGCUGAAGAAAAUGAGUAAUUUGAAGCAAGCUCGGCCACAGUCGGAGAAUUUGGGAGAGGUGGAGGAGGAAGCAACUGAGUUGGUAGAAAACAAUGAGGAGAAUAAAGCUGAAGUAGAUUAUCAGAAGCAUCAGAAGAAAAAAUCUGUUCCCAAAGAGUUCAAAAAACCGACCACUCCUAAAAUUGAAAAACCAAUUGUUGUAAAAGAAAAGAGAGAGAAACGAAAAAGGCCUUCCAGAGAGGAAAUCGCGAGAAUUAGAGAGGAGAAAAGACUGGCUUUAAGGCAAUCGAAAAGGAAUGCUAAGACAGAAACGGGAGGCGAAGAAUAGUCGAGAAAAUACUAGAGCAGCUGCAUUCGAUUUCCUGUACGAUAAUUUUACGAGCCUCUAUUCGCUUUCCAGUUUGCAAUUUAUGGCUUCCAAAAGCCACAAUUUUGUAUUAUCAAUGUUUUAUUUGUGGGAUUCAGUAUUUGUAUUAUUUAUGUUUGAACAAUUUCACUUAUGUGAGUUGCAACACAAUAUUUUACUAUUAAAGAUAUUACCAAUUUGAUUUUUCUCGUGGA